AUCACCAGUGUUUUGCAAUAUUUGUUCUAAGCAAUUCACUUCAAUUCUGCAAUUGUUGUUCUAUCUUUUUGUUCUUCAAAUUUCUGCUUGAUUUCUUUCUCCGUCUAAAAUCGUAGUCGGUUUUCAGCUUUGUUUGUAAUUUGUUAAUGGCGGGAAAAGGAGAGGGUCCGGCUAUCGGUAUCGAUCUCGGUACCACUUACUCUUGCGUUGGAGUUUGGCAACAUGAUCGUGUUGAGAUUAUUGCCAAUGACCAGGGGAAUCGGACGACGCCGUCGUAUGUUGCGUUCACUGACACCGAGCGGCUCAUUGGCGACGCUGCCAAGAACCAGGUCGCUAUGAAUCCUCUCAACACCGUCUUCGAUGCGAAACGGUUGAUUGGAAGGAGAUUCUCUGACCCCUCGGUCCAGAGCGAUGUGAAACUAUGGCCAUUCAAGCUCAUCGCUGGUCCAGGUGACAAACCUAUGAUUGUCGUCAAUUACAAAGGCGAAGAGAAGCAGUUCGCAGCUGAGGAAAUCUCAUCCAUGGUCCUCACGAAAAUGCGUGAGAUAGCAGAAGCUUACCUCGGUUCCUCUGUAAAGAACGCCGUAGUCACCGUUCCUGCUUACUUCAAUGACUCUCAGCGUCAGGCCACCAAGGAUGCUGGAGUCAUUGCCGGCCUAAAUGUCAUGCGGAUCAUCAACGAGCCUACUGCAGCAGCUAUUGCUUAUGGACUCGACAAAAAGGCGACCAGUGUCGGCGAGAAGAAUGUACUGAUAUUUGAUCUGGGUGGAGGAACAUUUGAUGUCUCUCUCCUCACAAUUGAGGAAGGGAUUUUUGAGGUGAAGGCGACUGCUGGUGACACCCAUCUCGGAGGUGAAGACUUCGACAACAGAUUGGUUAACCAUUUCGUACAGGAAUUCAAGAGGAAGCAUAAGAAGGACAUCAGUGGAAAUCCAAGGGCUCUAAGAAGAUUGAGGACUGCUUGUGAGAGGGCCAAGAGAACCCUAUCAUCGACUGCCCAAACGACAAUCGAGAUUGAUUCUUUGUAUGAGGGAAUUGAUUUCUAUACAUCCAUCACUCGUGCUAGAUUCGAAGAGCUCAACAUGGACCUGUUCCGGAAGUGUAUGGAGCCGGUUGAGAAGUGUCUGAGAGAUGCAAAGAUGGACAAAAGCAGCGUCCAUGAUGUUGUCCUUGUUGGUGGCUCUACGAGGAUUCCUAAGGUGCAGCAGCUGUUGCAGGAUUUCUUCAAUGGCAAGGAACUCUGCAAGAGUAUCAACCCUGACGAGGCAGUUGCUUAUGGAGCUGCUGUUCAAGCUGCUAUCUUGAGUGGCGAAGGAAACGAAAAAGUCCAGGAUCUUCUUCUUUUGGAUGUCACUCCUCUGUCCCUAGGCUUGGAGACUGCAGGAGGUGUCAUGACAGUUCUAAUCCCAAGGAACACCACUAUACCUGCCAAGAAGGAGCAAGUGUUCUCUACUUACUCAGACAACCAGCCCGGUGUUCUUAUUCAGGUCUACGAGGGCGAGAGGACAAGAACCAAAGACAACAACUUGUUGGGCAAGUUUGAACUCUCUGGCAUCCCUCCUACUCCAAGAGGUGUUCCUCAGAUCACCGUUUGCUUCGACAUCGACGCCAAUGGCAUCCUAAAUGUUUCUGCGGAGGACAAAACCACCGGACAGAAGAACAAGAUCACUAUUACCAACGACAAAGGAAGGUUGUCCAAAGAAGAGAUUGAGAAACUGGUUCAGGAAGCAGAGAAAUUCAAGGCCGAGGAUGAGGAUCACAAGAAGAAAGUGGAAUCGAAGAACGCAUUGGAAAACUAUGCAUACAACAUGAGGAACACAAUCAGAGAUGAAAAGAUCGGUGGUAAACUUGCACCAGAAGAUAAGAAGAAGAUCGAGGAUGCAGUUCAAGAGGCCAUUCAGUGGCUAGACAGCAACCAGCUGGCUGAGUCGGAUGAAUUUGAUGACAAGAUGAAGGAACUUGAGUCCAUUUGCAACCCCAUUAUAGCCAAGAUGUAUCAAGGUGGUGCUGACAUGGGCGGCGCCGGCGCCGCCAUGGAUGACGAUGCCCCUUCUGGCGGAAGCGGCGCUGGUCCUAAGAUUGAAGAAGUUGAUUAGGCGUCUCUUAUAGUCUUUCCUUCAACAUGCUCGAGCUUUGAAACUGUUUCAUGAUUGGCGCCCUCGUUUUGAUUUAUGCUUGGCUCUUAGUUAUCCAUGUAAUUUCGAUUUCCGGUACUAUAUCAAAAUAAAAGAUACGUAUAGUUCAUAA